AUGGAGGUUGAAAAUAUUAAUGUGGACGAAUUUUUGCCCGCCAAAAACCCAGUGAAACUCAAAAAUGUAAAAAAAAAUGUCGCUCCAGAAUCUGGUGAGGGCAUGGAUGUAGAACAACAAAAUAAUGAGAAGAAGAAAUCUAAACGUCAAUCAAAGUUAAAGAAAAUAAAAAAAAAUGCUGAGCCAAAUGAAAGUAAGGUUAAUAUGAGGAAAGUUGCUGUACCAGCUCACAGAUACACACCAUUAAGAGAGAAUUGGUUAAAGAUUUUCACACCAAUUGUUGAACAUCUUCUACUUCAAGUUCGUUUCAACACAAAAAGUCGUAAUGUUGAAAUCAAAGUUGGGCCAGAAACUAAAGAUAUAGCCAAUUUACAAAAAGCUGCUGAUUUUGUUAGAGCAUUUAUUUAUGGAUUUGAUGUUGAAGACGCACUUGCAUUAUUGAGAUUAGAUGAUUUAUUUGUAGAGUCCUUUGAAAUAAAGGAUGUGAAAACAUUACAAGGAGACCAUUUAGGUAGAGCUAUAGGCAGAUUAGCUGGAAAAGCUGGAAGAACAAAGUUCACAAUAGAAAAUGUAACAAAAACUAGGAUAGUGUUGGCAGAUUCAAAAAUACAUAUUUUAGGAAGUUACCAAAAUAUUGCACUGGCGAGAAGGGCUAUAUGUAAUUUGAUCAUGGGUUCUCCUCCUUCUAAAGUGUAUGGUAAUUUAAGAAAUGUUGCCAAACGCGUCGCUGAAAGGUUU